GAUGCAACCAAACCGGGAUUUCCGGCCGCCUUACGCACAGCCAAUCACAGGGUCCGUUGCCGGCAGCGCCCCGCCCCUUCCGCUGACAGACUCCCCUGCCAUUGGUCCGCGGCACAUCGGUAAUACGAGCGGGAAAUCGGGCGCCACGUUGCAAGCUGACGCGCUGUGGAGUCGGCGUGGAAAGCAGCCACGAUUCAAAACAACGAGAGAAUGUACAAACUCUACAACUCGCACAGCUGCUUCAGUGUCACGACCAUGUCGGUUCCCUCUCGCACAUCCGCCAUGACGCCGUGGCGGUGUGUACAUGUGUGGAUCGUACAGUGACAGUGGAUUUCAGUUUCAUCCGUACGACAUCCACACAGGAACGACCCCUGUCCAGAUGAAUGUUCUAGCUGCGUAUCAGAAGAGGAUGGUGCCCAGAGAGGAGGAUGACAAACGCCUCUGCCUCCUCUUACUGACGGAUUUGGACGACCUGACUCCAGCCCCGCACUGUUCCAACCGCCAGCACAAGAUGUUGACUUAAUGGAAGGGGGUUGGCUGUGGAUGGGCCCAUAUGCGUUUGUAUUGGGGAAAUAUGGCAGGGUGGUGUGUCUGUGUAUAUGUGUGUGUAUUCAAUGGGGGUGUGUGUGUGUGUGUGUGUGUGUGUGUCUUUUCACCUAGCCCAGACUGCCUACAUCCAUCAUGCCAUGGCGCUCUGGCAGAGAGUGGGACUCAGACAGCUUCACUAACACACGAGAGCUUUGGAGAAGUGCCGUCCUGUGACCAGUGAUGUGAAGAAAGAUGGUUCUGCUCCAGCUCUGGUCAGUGUUCACGAGUCGCUCCUCAGUUGUUGUUGCUGCCGUUGUUCCGAGGCUGUUGGGGGGAAAGGCAGCUUUCAGAAUCCAUCUUAAUACAUUCAAGGGAUAUCCCCUCCGUCUCCGCCGAAGACCACUGGAAACUAAUUUUUCCCCCCCGUCUAAACUUCCCGAGAGAGACUGAUCCUGCUCGGCUUUUUCUUUUUCUUUUUUUUCUUCUUUUUUCUCCCCCCCCCCUUCCCUCUGUCUCUGUCUGUGGUGUGGAGAACUAGGCUGUAGCCUGUAGUUUGCCAAGGACUUUGACAACGACGCAGGAUGCCCCAAAAAGGGAGACAUUAAGUAGUGAGAACGGCAGAUGAUUGACUAAAUUGUUAUAGAGUGGACAGUCAACUCUGUUUCCAGAAUACCACAACCAAGCCACGUGGGAGUCUGGAGUAGCCUCAAUGAUGCAGAACAAGGUGUAUGACAUCUGUGAUGAAGGUCACAGUGGCGUAAACCAGCUUGGUGGUGUGUUUGUUAAUGGUAGACCGCUGCCGGAUUCCACCAGGCAGAAAAUAGUUGAACUCGCUCACAGUGGUGCUCGACCCUGCGACAUCUCCCGGAUACUGCAGACCCAUGAUGAAGUCCAAGUGCUGGACAGUGACAAGGUAUCCAACGGCUGCGUGAGCAAGAUCCUGGGCAGGUACUAUGAGACGGGCUCCAUAAGACCGAGAGCGAUAGGCGGCAGCAAGCCCCGGGUCGCCACUCCGGAGGUGGUCGCGAAAAUCGCGCAGUACAAGCGGGAGUGUCCGUCUAUCUUCGCAUGGGAGAUCCGUGACAGACUGCUGUCGGAGGGAAUCUGCACCAACGACAACAUACCCAGUGUAAGUGUGUCAUCGAUAAACCGAGUCCUCCGCAACCUGGCUAGUGAAAAGCAACAGAUGGGCGCAGAUGGCAUGUAUGACAAGCUGAGAAUGCUCAACGGUCAGACAGGAACUUGGGGGACCCGGCCCGGCUGGUACCCCGGAACAUCGGUGCCAGGGCAGCCCAACCAAGACGGCUGCCAACAACAAGACGGCGCCGGGGAGAACACGAACUCCAUCAGCUCGAACGGAGAGGAUUCAGAAGAGACGCAGAUGCGACUGCAGCUCAAGAGGAAGCUACAGAGAAACCGCACGUCCUUCACACAGGAGCAGAUCGAGGCGCUGGAAAAAGAAUUUGAAAGAACUCAUUAUCCAGAUGUCUUUGCGCGCGAGAGACUAGCGGCGAAAAUCGACCUGCCCGAAGCCAGAAUACAAGUAUGGUUUUCAAAUAGAAGAGCAAAGUGGAGGCGAGAGGAGAAGCUGCGGAACCAGCGCCGCCAGGCCAACAACUCCUCCAGUCACAUUCCCAUCAGCAGCAGCUUCAGCACCAGCGUCUACCAGGCCAUCCCACAGCCCACUACACCGGUGUCUUUCACCUCGGGGGCAAUGCUGGGUAGACCUGACUCACUCACAAACACCUACAGUGCGCUGCCCCCCAUGCCCAGUUUCACCAUGGCAAACAAUCUACCUAUGCAACCCAGCCAGACCUCCUCUUAUUCCUGCAUGCUGCCUACCAGUCCGCCUGUGAACGGGCGGAGCUACGACACAUACACGCCCCCUCAUAUGCAGGCACAUAUGAACAGCCAAUCAAUGACCACUUCUGGUACCACCUCAACAGGACUCAUCUCUCCUGGAGUGUCUGUCCCUGUCCAAGUCCCAGGGAACGAGCCUGAUAUGUCUCAGUACUGGUCAAGACUACAGUAGAGAGAAGAGCUACUUCACCCUGUAACCACCCACUUCACCAUCGCCCUCCGGCAGUGCUCCUCACACAUACACGGCACAGGAGAGUAGAGAAGGCGAGAGAGGGUUGAGCAGAGGCAGAGGAGGACGGGAGAGGAGAGGAGUGAAAGGAAGAAGAAGAGAGAGAGAGACUCUGGGAGAGCCUUGGGACGUCUGGGCUUGGUUUUUCCAUUGGGACCGUGUGCUGUUCUGUAGCUCUAGGCACAAUCAAACGAGGACUUGGACGAGAGAACGACAAUGGAAAAGAUGGAAGGAAAAAAAAACAUGGACCUCUGUAAAGUGCCCGGUGUUAAAUUUUUAUGGAACAAAAAACUUAUGUUUUUUUUUUUUUUUUUUUCUAUUUCCAACUUCAGUCAUUGUUUCCUUUUUUCUCUGGUGUGUUAGUAAAUGGCCAUUUGUAUGUUAAUAUGAAAAACCAAGAUCAAGUACUGAUAGAUGGACUGCUAGAAAACCAUGUUGGUCUUGCGUUUGUUUGAGAGAGGAGAACCCGAGAGAUUCUGCCAUGACUAUCUUUUAAUCUGCUUAUAUCGAGACUUUCUACCAGCCUUUGCAUGGUCUCUGGACGCUGUUGCAUAUCAUUAAAGACGAAAAAAGCUGGAAGGGAAGACUCUUACUGUGUCAUAAAAAAAAAAUAUUUAUUGAUCUUAUUUCUUACGAAUGGAUAUUUAGCAGAAGAAAACUCAAAACUCGAUCCAUCCACUGAGGCUGACUCCUUCUUGACUCCUCUGACACGGGCCUGCGUUUGCUGGCUUCAAAGACAUGGAUCACUAUCAGCAGCUCAAAGUGCACAAAGACGGCGCGACACGUGACACAACAUGGACUCUCGCUUUGGUGGUUGGAUUGAUUCUAGAUGACCACGAAGAACAUUCAACGUGGAAAACAGGUGUAAAAGAAAAACCUGUAGUCUGUAAAUGGUAGACUGCGUCUUCGAUAUAAUCCAGUUUGUUUAUGUCAAAAUGUAAAGUACUUGUCUUCCCUAGAAAUCUUCCAGAAAGAUUUCUCCAAUAAAAGUUGAUUUCAUUUAUAUCCCCGAAGAAUAUUCUAUAAAUGUUCCAUGCAUCAUAAAAUACAUUACUUUAGGGUCAGGUACAAUUUGUCUCUUAGGUAUAGUUGUAUUAUAGUGUCCUAUGGUCAAAAAAAUGAAUAAAAAAAUUGUGCAACUAGAAAUAUUUAAUUCCUAUAAUUAUGGUUAAACAUUGCUUGACAGAGUUUUAAACUUAAGUGUUUGGCAGUUGUUUACAAGUACAUAUCAGAUUUAAUCAUUGUUGAUUGUAAAACAGACCAAAGCCUUUGUAUUUCAUCUAGUACACAAUGUUUUUUUUUUAAAGAUAUUAGUCUUGUGUUGCAAAAUUUUGUAAACACGUUCUGUUCGAUUACAUUGGCUUCGAGUUCGUGAGACUGCAGUCGAACCCCGCAGUCCUUAUUUAUAAUUGAAGACAAUGGGAGGGUUUUUCUAGCAUCAUCUGUCAUGCUCUUUUUGAGUUUUGCAUUUUUAUUUCAGUGUGUACGUAGAACAUGGACACAUACUGGGUUUACGUCUGAGCAAUGCUUCUGAGAUAAAAACGUCUACACGCUGUCUCUUAAAUAUUUCAAUUUAAUUUUAUUUAAAAUGGAGCUUUCUAAAUGUAUUUUGUGAAAACUAUAAAACAUUUUGUACAGUAAAAUUGUGU